AUGGCAACUGCUGCUGCUGGUGCUGGUCGGCGUGGUGUUCUACCAACAGUGUUAAAUCUUGUGGCUCGUCACACCCCGGCCGUCCGUCUCAUCGGAGUCGCUCCUAACUACAUGCGACAUUUCUCUACGAGUGAAGCGAAGGGUCCGAAACCGUGGGGGGAUGCUGGCAACGAAUGGGUGUUGGCUGAUGUUUGUAUAGUUCCCAUGGGAGUUGGCACCAGUGUUUCCAAGUACGUCAGUGAAGUUGAAAAAGUUCUAAGGGGCCAUCCGGGGGUAACUACUACACUACAUGGCUAUGGCACUAAUAUCGAAGGGCAGUGGUCGGAUGUUAUGGCGGCUGUUAAGGCAGCUCAUGAAGUGCUGCAUGGGAUGGGUUGCCCUAGAGUGAGCUCUAGUAUGAGAUUUGGUACUCGAAUAGACAAACACCAGACUAUGCAAGAUAAGGUGGAUAAAGUUGAGAAAAUCAUUGCUGCUGAGUCUGCUGGAUCUCAAGGGGAGAAGUGA